CUUCACUGGUGGAUCUGGAAGCCGAAGAAGGAACCAGUGAAGACCUAUUCCAGGACUCUGAGGGGCGGGAGGGAUCUGAGCCAAUUGAGGAACACCAGUUUUCAGACCUAGAGGAAUCUGACGAUGAUGAUGACAAUGAAGAUGAGGAAGAUGAGGAGGAAGAGGAGAGCCAAGAUGAGCCACCUUUAAAACUGCUGGAAGGCAAAUAUACCACCCUCCCAAUGCACUCUUCAGGUGGCUCUCCAUCUUCUCAAGAGGAAGGCACCGAAAUAGCAUUGUCCUUAGCCCAAGAAACUGUUUCCAGCAGCCAAAACGUAGGUGAAGGCCAGCAGGCCUCCUCCUCAGGGCUGGAAACAAAGUGGUCAGCAGACAGCAGUGACAUUGCUGUGUGCCACAGCUUCUUGAGUCUCCACAGACCAGCUUUGACCUCCACCGAACAAUUGGCUUCUGCUGAAAGAGAGUCUGUCACAAGGCCACAGAUGUCCUUAGUUAUGGACCUGUCAACCUCAAAAGACACUUCCCCAAGAAAAAGGUGGUCUCCAAGCCAGGACUCUGGCAGAGGUGGUGGCAGCAGCAGACCAAUGCUAGCGAGAAAGCACCUAUUAACCAAAAAUGAAACUUCACCGAAACGGUUUUCACCAACUGGAGAACUGUCUUCUCUAAGGUGCCUGUCUCCAGGGAGAGGGUUGUCUCCUUGCCAGCGUGUCUCUCCCAGGAGGGAGGCAUCUCCACUGAGAUGUGUGUCACCAAGACUUGAGCUGUCGCCCAGCAGGCAUAUUUCCCCCAGAAGAGAGCUGUCCCCAAGAACAUACCUUCCACCAGAAGGAGAAGUCUCCCCUGUGAGGCACUCGUCGCCGAGCAGAGAGAUGUCAUCAGUCAGAUAUUUAUCGCUGAAGAAAGUCUUGUCUCCAGGCUGUUCAGAGUCGCCUAGGUAUCCAUCCCCCGGGAAAGAGGACUUGCCUGGUACUAGCAAAUCAGCAGCAGAUGACAAAGUUCAAAGCUCAUAUCAAGCCCAGCAUGGGAUAUUAUCUUCGAUGCCUCUACCUCACAGGUUCUUUGGCAAAAACGUACAGCUCUAUGAGUCCAAGCUGAAGAUAGAACCACGAAGCCCAGCAUGCUCACCUGGCGUCACGCAGCCCGUCUGCUCCAGACCCUUGCAGGCACCUCAUGAAAUACAUGUCCACGCUCCCAGCCGAGGGGAGGAGAAUGUCUUCAGCCAUCUCCCAUUGCAUUCGCAGCAGCUCACGAGGACCCCGUAUCCUAUGAUUCCCAUUGGGGGCAUCCAGAUGGUCCAGGCGAGGCCAAGCACCCAUCCCAGCUUGGUGCCCAGUUCAGUUGUGUCCCUGCAAGCGGGAUACUUCGCCUCUGGUGGCAGCAGCUUCGCAGAGCUCAGCCGGGCUCCUGAGAGGGACAAGGAACCACAGGUCCCCCAGGAGCCGUCGUCGGCAUCCGUCUCCCCGGUUGCAAAGGUUUCUAAGUACACACUGUCCCCAGAGCUUAUGAGCAGUGGUUACUUAGAAGAGAAGAUGAGGACUAGUGAGCUUCAGCAAAAGACAGACCAGGAGGAAUACAGGGUAAAAAUGUUCGCUGAGUCUAGCCACGCGGAGCAGUCAGGCUGCUCGGCAUCCCCAGCCAGCCCCAGCACAACCGAUGAGCACUCUCCAAAGCCUUCGACAAGCGGGGAAGAACCCUUGAAAAAAACGGGCAAGAAGCAAUCUGGCAGCUCAAGCACUUCUUUUGAAUCAUCCUGCACUUUCAUCUCAGAUCUCCCCUCCCAGCCGUUGGACCGAAGCAGCAGCACCGGCUGUCUCUCCGAGCCCUCAUCGAGCCAUUCGCAUGCCCAGCCGUUCUCCGUCCGGAGGAGAAACCUCUCCGGAGAGCCCAGUCGCCAAGGGGGAACCUCCAGGAAGAGCAGUCCACACCUAGAGCACGCAGAUUUAGGUCAAACUCAAAACAAGGUGGAUGAAAACACGGGAAGUACUUAAGCCUCCACCAUCUGUUCCACUUUAGGCUUCCUAUGUAAAAUCAACAGACAUUUUCAACACUAUUUCCUUUAGUAUAAUCAUCGCUAUAAGAAGCACUCUAGUGAAUGACCAAACCCAUGGAAGAUUCCUGGUUUUCUUUGUCCCAGUCUGGUAUUAUCUCCACAUGUAUGCAGUUACUUGUGCCUUUUUCUAUACCUUUUGUUGCUUGAAAUGUACAAAAAUGUUUGAGGCUGUGAAUAUUUUUUUAGAGUUUUUUGGAAAGGGGUUUGUUAGACCUUGUCUUUUUUGCCAUUUAGGUGUGCGUUAUUAUGGGCCUGAGAGAUGCAGAAAGGAAAGGGUUAAGCAUUUUAAGAGGAAGAAGAUGCACUGAAAACAAAAACAAAACAGAAAAACUUUUUUAUAUUGAUUAAAUGAUUAAAAAGAAAACCAAACCCUUGCUCUUGUGUACAGAAGUUUAUGAUUCGUAUUUAUUACAUGCUUUAUUUAAUUCUCGCAAAGUGCUUGUUUUUUUUUCUUGCAUCCCUCUGAUUGCCUAUGGUUGUGCUUUAAACAGUUGAGACUGCUUUACAUUUGAAAAACGUGUUUACCCUGAACUUGUAAAUGAAACUAGCACUUCCUUGAGUAGGGGGAGGUUCAUUCGCAGUGAGAGAAAUUGUCACUCAAAAGAGAAAAAGAAUCUUGAGCAUCCCUCCCUCCUGCAGAACCCAUCAAAGCACUUUUCUAAAAAGGGACAUAAAAAAGGUUCUUCUUCAAAGAUUUAACUGCAAGAACAUAGGAAUGUAUCGAAUGUAGACCCAGUGCCAGGAAUGGUGUCUCUCGCUGGACGAGCCGGCCUCCUGCUUGCUUUAAUCCUUCCAUCCCGCGCCUGCUCCCCACGCACACGGCUGCUCUGCGAUGCCCCCGGCAUUGCCCUGGCAAAGUCAUGCCUGUGCCUGAGAGCCCCUCUUUUCUGGGGUUUGGAAGCCCUCUGUAAACACCCUCCCUUGGUUUAAAAGUGGAAGUAAACUCAGCCUUGCAACCAUUUUUCCUCCGUAAUUUUUUAGGUGCGGACAAGCUCCCUCCAUCCCAUCCCUGCUCGGUCCCGGCUGGUUUGGCUUCGUUGAGCUCUAGGGAUGCAGGAGUAGUUUGUGCUCUGCUCGUUUGCACGCCUGCGGCUCUGUAACUCAUGAGUGACUCUGUGUCUUAUUUUAAUUUUAUUUAUUUAUUUAAGUGGAACGUCGCAAACGUAGUCCUUAUUGUGCAGAUGGGCCCUUUUUUGGUGUUUUGGAAGAAAAAGGUUAUGAUGCUGAGUGGUUAAUGUUUGCAAUCAGCUUGUUAUGCAUACACAGUAACUUUUUCCAGAGCAAUUUUUUAACUAUGACCAUCCAUAGCAGAGCAAUGGCCUCUACUGCCAAUAGAUAUGAUACCAAAUACAGAGAGACCCGAUGGAGCCAUUCCUCUCUGUCACAUUAACACACUUUUAAAAAUACAAACAUUCGAUACAUGUUUGCCCUAGCAGACAGCAGGCUCUUUACUACUUCAGAGGGUUUUCUGGUCUAUGGAAUCUGUACAAACCUCUUUUUUUUUAUUUUAACAACAAAAAAAAAUAUUUAACCAGUGGACCAGUUCUUUCUUCUUUCAGAGCUGUUCCAGUUUAUCGGGUACGUAAUACACUUUUUAAAAAAAAAAAAAUUAAAAAAAAAUUAAAUCAAACAAAACCCUGAAUGAGAACAUAUUUCCUUGCCAGACUUGAUGAGCUAUGAACUGUUCCCGUUUCACGGGCAAAUAAUAUAAAUUUUUUAAUAAUCUUCUGUGAUUUUUUUUUCUUUUCUUGUAAAGGGAAUUAAGUACAAAAGAAGAUAUCAUGGAAAUAACAUUAAGGCUGUGACACUGACCAAAACAACAUCCAGAACCCAUUUAUACCUUAAUUAGCACUUUUAUCAAGUUUCCCUUUUUUCCCAUCUCCCCCUCUUUGGCCCCAAGCCUGGGAGCUGGUCCUGCUUUCAAACCCGGCCAGAUCCCAUGGCAGGAGCAGGGGCUGGGAGUUCAAGUUCAGCGUAGCAACUCUGUUCCGUGAAACUCUUAAGCACCAGCUGAAAUCCUACUCGGGCUUUAAGCAUGUGCUUAAUAUCAAGAUGACUCGGAGUGGACUGCUCAGCCAGGGUCGGUGUGAGCAUCCCUGGAAACCAUCCACCAAAUCUUGUGACAGUUUCGAAUUUCCUGGUUUCUGCCACUUUUUCCACCCUUGCCCUUGUCACACUCUUAACAUUAUUCCAAGGUAGCUUUUUGUAUUUAAUUUUUUUUAAUAUAUAUAUAUAUUGAAAUUGUACAUAAAGAAAAAUAAUGCAGCAGUUGUGCACUCAGCGUCCUCGUUUUGUUAGGUGCAUUUGACAUGAGCUUUGGGCUAGAUCAAAUUUGCUCGGCUUCUUUCUGUAACUGUAUUUUAAUCCUUGACCUGUUG